AUGGAGACUGGCAAUACGGUCGCUGUAGUUGGCCUAGGGGCUCUCGGCCUUGUUGCUGUGAAGAAUCUGGCCGAGGAGGGUUUCGAUGUGACCGGAUUUGACCAGAACCCAUUUGUUGGGGGCUUAUGGCACUACGCCGAUGACGAUCGUGUCUCAGUCCUUCCCAGUACUGUCAUCAAUAUCUCAAAGGAGCGCGUGCGUGUUGGCAUCUACCCACAGGCGUGCGUAGACCUGGAACAAACAGCUGAUACGGAUGCUCCGAGCUACAUGCAUGGCCUCGAAAUUGAGCGCUACCUAGAAAGUUACGUCGACCACUUCGGCCUCCGUUCGAAGCUCCGCCUCGAAACGCGUGUCACCAAAAUCUCUCGGAAUGAGAACGAACGAAAUUGGAACCUCCAAAUAGAGGAUAGCGAAGGCCAACGCAUCGAGUCUUUCGAUAGAGUAGUUGUUGCCACGGGCAUCAACCAGAUUCCUAAUAUCCCAGUCGUCGAGGGCAUUGACAUCUUUGAGGGCGAGACAAUUCACUCUCGCGCAUUUAAACAGCCAGAGCGCUUUACUGGCAAGAGGGUCCUCGUUGUCGGGCUCGGUAACACGGGCGCCGACACGGCUACGUCCCUCAUCGGCCAUGCGAAAAGUAUACAUGUCUCAUUCAACCAUGGAACCUAUGUGUUGCCGCGAGUCAUUGACGGCAAAGCUAUCGACCACGCUAUCACCCUUCAAAUGGUCAACAUCCAAGGCCUGCUGGAACGCUACAUCCCUUCCAUCUCUGAGCGCGUCUUCAACUCAUUCGUUGCCAAGUUACAGAACAAAGCCUUCACCAUCAGACCUGAGUGGGGCCUCUCCCCAGCGCCAAGUCUAAAAAAUGGGGUGAUACCUGUUGUAUCUGACACGAUCGUCUCCGCGCUCGAAUCAAAGGCCGUCCUGCCAGUAACGGGUCUGAAGCGCGUCAUCGGGCCAAGUAGUGUGGAACUCAAAGACGGCACGAUUCUCGAAGUCGACACCAUCAUCUUCUGCACGGGAUACCGAAACAACUUUUCCAUUAUCCAAGGCGAAUUCGACCCCACCGCGAAGACGACCCCUGAGUGGGCCAAAGCACCAUUCUCCAACGGCCGAUGCCUGCCUAGGCUCUACCAGGGCGUGUUCUCUCUAGAAGCACCCGACAGCUUGGCCUUCCUCGGCGGUGUCGGCUAUCCGGCCGGCGCUUUCCAAAUCUACGACCUCGUGAUGAUGGUGAUUACCCAGGUUUGGAAGGGAAAGUCCUCUCUUCCUUCCGUAGAAGAAAUGGCCGCCCAAGUCGACCGCCGGCAUGCGGAGCUGUGCCGGCGCGCUCACGCCGGGCCCGUGAAUCCCGCGUUCUUCAGCCAGAGCGAAUGGAUCUCGUGGGCGAAUCCCAUCGCCGGUACGGGGCUGGAUGUCUACCUCGGCUGGGGGCGGGAGGCGUGGAAGCUGUGGUGGAAGGAUCCCGAGCUGUACCGGCUUUUGGCCAGGGGGCUGUUUAGCCCCCAUGUCUUCCGCGCCCUGCCUGGAAAGAGGAAGAAAUGGGACGGAGCACGAGAAGAGCUGAUACGAAUUAACCGAGCGGUCAAAGAGCAGCAGAAAAUGAAGCGUUCUUAA